ACUUCUGCCUGAGCCACAAGCACAGCUUGGAAAGGGCUCAGGUUGUUUCCAGGGGGAGAACUCUGCAGAGAAGAGACGAAGUUCAACAGGACAAUAAAAGAGCAGCAGAAACAGCCAAGAAAACGAAGAGCCUUCACGUUUUUCACACAGAGCCCCCUAUCAGAGUUCUCGAAUUCUAAAGUAUUCUGCAAAGUGCCACUUGACCAGAACUUUUGGCCUGCCUUUUCCAUUCUCCAACCACCAUGACUGAGAUCACUGCUGAAGGAAAUGCAUCAACUACCACAACUGUGAUCGACAGCAAAAAUGGAUCGGUGCCCAAAUCCCCUGGAAAAGUGCUGAAGAGGACAGUCACAGAGGACAUAGUGACAACAUUCAGCUCCCCAGCAGCCUGGCUUCUAGUCAUUGCUCUGAUAAUCACAUGGUCAGCUGUUGCUGUUGUUAUGUUUGACCUAGUGGAUUACAAAAACUUUUCAGCGAGCUCAAUUUCCAAGAUUGGCUCAGAUCCUCUAAAACUUGUACAUGAUGCUGUGGAAGAAACCACGGACUGGGUCUAUGGCUUCUUUUCUUUGUUGUCUGAUAUCAUCUCGUCUGAGGGUGAUGAAGAAGAUGAUGAUGAUGGGGAUGAGGACAUUGAUAAAGGAGAAAUAGAGGAGCCUCCCUUGAAACAAAAAGAAAUACACAAAGAAAAGACUGAAAAGCAGGAGAAAACUGAAAGGAAAAUACUAACUAAAGUUGCACACCGAGAAAAAGAAAAAGUAAAAGAAAAAGAAAAAUCUGCAAAGAAAGCAACUCACAAGGAAAAAAGUGAGAAAAAAGAAAAACCAGAAACAAAGACAAUGGCAAAAGAAGAGAGGAAAGCCAAGGCGGAAGAGAAGAUUAAAAAGGAAGUGAAAGGUGGGAAACAAGAGAAAGUGAAGCCAAGAGCUGGAAAAGUCAAAGAAGUACAGAAAACACCACCUAAGCCCAAAGACAAGGAGGGGAAAGAGACUGCGGCUGUGUCCAAGCAUGAACAGAAAGAUCAGUAUGCAUUCUGUCGAUAUAUGAUUGACAUGUUUGUCCAUGGGGAUUUAAAACCAGGACAAAGCCCAGCCUUACCACCUCCAUUCCCAACAGAACAAGCUUCCAGACCCACUCCGGCAUCACCUCCUCUUGAAGAAAAAGAAGAGGAAAAGAAGAAAGCUGAGAAGAAAGUGACUUCUGAAACAAAAAAGAAAGAAAAAGAAGAUGUCAAAAAGAAAACGGAUAAGGACACUGCCAUUGAUGUGAAAAAAAAAGAUCCAGGGAAAGCUCCUGAAACCAAAAAAGGAACUAUAAAAGUUGUGGCACAAGCAGCAGCUAAAAAAGAUGAAAAGAAGGAAGAUUCUAAGAAAACAAAAACACCUGUAGAAGAACACCCCAAGGGAAAAAAACAGGAAAAGAAAGAAAAACAUGUGGAACCAGCAAAGUCAUCAAAGAAGGAACAUUCAGCUCCAAGUGAAAAACAAGUAAAAGCAAAAACUGAACGAGCCAAAGAAGAGACUAGUGCUGCCUCAACUAAAAAAGCAGUACCUGGAAAGAAGGAAGAGAAAACAACCAAGACAGUGGAGCAAGAAAUUAAAAAAGAAAAAUCCAGGACGACUUCCUCAGUUUUGAAGGAUAAAGAGCUUAUUAAGGGGAAAGAAGUGAAAGUUCCAGUUUCCCUAAAGGAAAAAGAACGUGAAAUUAAAAAAGAUGAAAAGAUUCCCAAAGCAGGCAAAGAAGUCAAGCCUAAGCCUCCACAGCCACAAGUAAAAAAAGAAGAGAAACCAGAGUCACAAGUUAAAAAGGAAGCUUUAAAACCAGCUUCAUCUGAAAAAACUCAAAUGCAUAAACAAGACAUAGUGAAACCAGAAAAGACUGUUUCUCGUCGGAAACCAGAAAAAAAAGUUGUCAAGCAGAUAAAAGCUACCACUAUAGAAAAAACAGUCAAGCCCAAACCAGCAAAAAAAGCUGAACACCAAGAAAAGAACUCUCCAUCUAUAAAAACAGACAAACCUAAACCAACUUCAAAGGAAACAUCAGAAGUCACAGAAUCAGGGAAGAAGAAAAUUGAAAAAUCUGAAAAAGAAAGUAAAGAAAAAGCAGAAAUGAAACAUCUUAAAGAAGAAAAAGUCUCAACAAGAAAAGAAAGUCUUCAAUCACACAACGAGACGAAAGCAGAAAAGCCUGCAAGAGUAUCAAGAGAAGAUUUGGAAGAUGUAUCAGCUUCAAAGAAAGCUAAAGAAGAAGCUGAAGAUGUGUCUUCCACAAAGAGGCAAAAAAGCCCCAUCAGUUUCUUCCAGUGCGUCUACUUGGAUGGAUACAAUGGCUAUGGAUUUCAGUUUCCUGUCACUCCUGCACACCGUCCUGGAGAGAGCACUGACCAGCCAAGUUCUCCAGGACAGAAGCAACAAGGACAAUAGACACACACGCAGGGUCCUUACAAGUGCUUUAAGACUUUGAAAAUAGAAUCUUCUGUUUGUCUGCAGUGGCAUAGGCAAUUGAAAUCAUGAAUCUGGGGAAUUUCUCUGAAGAUGUUUUACUCUUCUGCCUGGUCUAGAGAGAAAGUGUGAGCAAGGGGAUUGAAUGAUAAGCAAACAUGUUGAAAGAUCUGGCACUCAAGAAUCUGUUAUUUGUGUUUGUUGCUAGGCGUGGAUGCUUAUAUUUUUCUAUUUCUACUCACUGUAGGGUUGCUCACAGGUUAAUUUAGUUUACUUAAUAAUGGUCUUUUAAACAUAAUUGACACAAUUAUAAAAUGGAAUUCCGAUUUCAGUUAGGUAUAUUUCUAAAUGACAACACAGACUAUGCUUUCAGUUUAAAGAGUAAGGAGCUUAUACAAAAGCUACUCUUUAUCGUGUAGAUCUCUAAACGCAAUCUGCCCACUAAGUUGAUGUUUAAUAGUUUAACUUUAUUUAUGUAUCUUUCUAUUUCAGUUGUGGUAAUGAUUUAAGAAUGGGUAAUAGUUGCACCAAAGAGUGCUGUAAGUUCCUUGUGAUGCUCUUUUAGAUAGAAUUCAAAAUAUCUCUGAACUUUGGACAUGAUAAGAUGGAGUAGAAAUGUCUGAUAAAUCUUAUCUCUAAGAUUUGUAUUGAAUUACAAUUAGGACAUUCACUCCAGUGGAAAUAUACCAUCCAAUUAGGCAGGUCUGGUGAAUCAUUUGUUUAAAAUAAACGCAAAUGAGAUGUAGUAUUUUCAGAUUUCUCCAGACUAUGCCCUCAUGAAAAUGUCACCUGGGUGAAAUUUUAGAUCAAUCACUAAAUUUGGGUGACAGAUGCAAAAGUAUCUAAUUUCACUUUAAUAGGAUCUUUCUGUGCAG